AUGAUUACGGAGACAGCCUUUUUUCCGGAUACUUCCGCUUUACAGCGCAAUCGAGACCUUAUGAGAGAAUUUGAAAGGGCACUUGAGAUGAAUCCGGCAGCCAAUUUGACGGCUCUCAUCCCAGAUUUCUACCUUCAAAAUCACCUGGACGCACAGCCACGAAGUCUAGAAACAAGCACAGCUAAGCUCAAUCAAAAAACGGUCAAUGAGCUCCAGGACGCCCUUAAAGAUGAUCCUGAGGUGGACUUGCUUUCAAUUUUCCCUCCAAACUACGCUCGUCGUCGGCAACUUGCAGGCCAAACUGGUGAAAAAAUAACAGAGCCUGAUAGGACGGAACAGCCGACGCCUCCGGAUUUUCGGACACGUCUUGAUAGCGUGGAGACAGCUGAAAUCAUCUUCCCACUUUCGAAUGAUGUGACUGCCAUGCUAACACCAUUCUCGGAUUCUUCUGAUGGACAUAUGUAUACCGAUAAUUCGCUUGUCUCAGUACUACAACGAAUGCUUUGGAACUCCAAAAAAAUGUGGGAAAAUCCGAUACGGGGCAUCGUCGUUCAAUGCAACGACGACAUAGUUGCCAUAGUUAUCACGACGAACGGCGACUACACAGAGUAUACGGCUUUGCGAUACCUCGCAGAACAGGCUCCCGAAAUUCCUGCUCCUAGGCCCCAUGGCUUAAUCAAGUUCGGAUCUUUUUGCAUGAUUUUCAUGUCUUAUAUUCCGUCCAUGACGUUGAGCGAGGCAUGGCCAUAUCUCUCACACGAAGAGAAGAUUUCCGUGGAGCAUCAGCUAGAUGACAUCUUCACGAGGUUGAGAUCCAUUCGUGAGAAAGAUGGUCAUUGUCUUGGGGGGGUCGGUGGCGAAGGAGUAAAGGGACACAAAGCCAAUACAAUCGUUAGCACGGCUGCUGGAUUUGAGGAUUUCAGAUACUCCACCCCCCAUCGCGGCAGCACCACCUACGCCACUUUCCUUCGCUCUUUUCUCACAGAUUCCAUUCGAGGUUCGGUCUUCAGUCAUGGUGACGUCAGACAAGACAAUAUCUUAGUGAAUCUGAAUCAGGACAAUGUCUGGAUUGUUACUGGGAUCAUUGACUGGGAGGACAGCGGAUUUUAUCCAGAUUACCAUGAAUGUACUCAAUUGACGAGGACACUGAGUGUGAUGGAGGAAGAUGACUGGUAUCUCUAUUUACCAGAGAGUAUCUCGCCGCUUCAAUUUCCGAUACGUUGGCUUGUUGAUCGACUUUGGGAUAUCCAUACUAAAACCACUUGA